ACUUUUCCACCGUCACCUCUCUCUCUCUCUCUCUCUAGAUCUCUCUCUCUCCUCUUUUUUCCUUCCAUUUUCAUUCUCCAGGAUUCUCGGCGUUAGUGAAGGUUCUUCUUCAUAAGCAGAUCUUGGAGGAGCUUCAAUCAAACAGGUGAAGAUGAGGAGUUUCAGCUUCUACGAGAGAUUCUCCAGAGCUUUCCAUGAUCAUCCUUCUCUCUCCAGGAUUCUCGUCAUCUCCACGAUCAGUGGUGGAGGACUUAUUGCCUAUUCUGAAGCGAAUGCCUCCUAUGGCACGAAUGGUGUUGCUCCGGUUGAAACUGGAACAAGGAAGAAAAAAGUACUGCUUCUCGGAACUGGAUGGGCUGGAACCAGUUUCUUGAAGAAUCUGAAUAAUGCCUCAUAUGAGGUUCAGGUUAUAUCGCCUCGGAACUACUUUGCAUUCACUCCCCUGCUACCAAGUGUUACCUGUGGAACUGUUGAAGCUCGCAGUAUUGUCGAACCCAUCCGCAACAUCGGUAGAAAGAAAAGCAUUGAUAUGUCUUACUUGGAGGCAGAAUGUUUCAAAAUCGAUCCACAGAGCAAGAAAGUUUACUGUCGAUCUAAGCAAGGCCUUGAUUCAAACGGAAAGAAGGAAUUUUCAGUUGACUAUGACUACCUUGUAAUUGCAACUGGAGCUCAGUCUAACACAUUCAACAUUCCAGGGGUGGAAGAGAACUGUCAUUUCCUGAAAGAAGUUGAAGAUGCCCAGGGAAUCCGUAGAAAUGUCAUCGAUUCCUUUGAGAAGGCGAAUAUACCCGAACUAAGUGACGAAGAGAGAAAGAGAAUCCUACAUUUUGUGGUUGUUGGUGGUGGACCAACAGGUGUUGAAUUUGCCGCGGAGCUUCAUGAUUUUGUCAAUGAGGAUCUUGUCAAGCUAUAUCCUAGAGUCAAGGGUUUGGCACGAAUCACACUUCUGGAGGCAGCAGACCACAUCCUGACCAUGUUUGACAAAAGAAUCACAGAGUUUGCUGAAGAAAAGUUUAAAAGGGAUGGUAUUGACGUGAAACUGGGUUCCAUGGUGACCAAAGUGAACGAUAAGGAAAUCUCGGCCAAAACCAAAGGCGGAGAGGUUUCUUCUAUUCCUUACGGAAUGAUUGUCUGGUCAACUGGUAUCGGAACCCGUCCUGUGAUAAGAGAAUUUAUGAAACAGAUUGGACAGGGCAACAGACGUGCUUUGGCAACUGAUGAAUGGCUUCGGGUGGAAGGAUGUGACAAUAUAUACGCCCUUGGUGAUUGUGCGACAAUUAACCAGCGCAAAGUCAUGGAAGACGUUUCCGCCAUUUUCAAGAAAGCGGACAAGGACAAUUCCGGGACGCUAACCGUAAAAGAAUUCCAAGGAGUGAUAGAUGACAUAUGUGUCAGAUACCCGCAGGUGGAGCUCUACCUGAAGAGCAAGCGCAUGCGAGACAUAGCCGAUCUUCUGAAACAAGCCCAAGCUGACGAUGGUUCCAAGAAGCCCAUCGAAUUGAACAUUGAGGAAUUCAAGUCGGCUCUCUCGCAGGUCGACUCGGAAGUGAAGUUUCUUCCUGCCACAGCACAGGUAGCUGCUCAGCAAGGUUCGUACCUAGCAACAUGCUUCAACCGAAUGGACGAAUGCGAGAACAAUCCUCAAGGUCCCAUAAGGAUCAGGGGAGAAGGGCGUCAUCGUUUCCGUCCCUUCAGGUAUCGACAUCUCGGGCAAUUUGCGCCACUAGGAGGGGAGCAGACGGCGGCACAGCUUCCGGGAGAUUGGGUUUCGAUAGGACAGACCAGCCAGUGGCUGUGGUACUCUGUCUACGCCAGUAAGCAAGUGAGUUGGCGGACGAGAGUGCUGGUGGUGUCGGACUGGAUGAGGCGAUUCAUCUUCGGUAGGGAUUCGAGUCGCAUCUAGAGAAAUCCUUCCUAGCCAAGUCCCAUGUUUCUGCAAACACCUUCACCGUCUCAGUUUUGUUUUGCUUUUGCUUCACGGGGUUUUACGAUACUCAGUUUUCCCAAAUUCCUACGGAGAAGUUUUGUUUUCCGGUCCUACGUUCAGUAAUAACAAAAAAAAUGCAUGACAAACGACAAUGAAAGAAAUGUUCCCUUUUUUUAA